AUGGGUUCGCUCGGCAGCUUCCUCUUCGUAUACGUGCUCGGGGGAAUCACCUUCGUCCCGCUGGUCCUGUGCUUGGUCCUGCUCCAUGCCUAUCUAACUCUCCCCUCGGCCCCGGCGCCUCGGCAAUCAUGCGAUCCCGCGCCCGACCACGUCCACCAGCCGACCGAUGACGAGUAUAGUCUCAAGUCCGGCACUGACCAGCUGGCCGAGCAGUUCCACCGCUCGCACGAAUCCGAUGUCGCUGCCGGCUACUUUGCCGUCUGCCGAGAAUAUGUCCCUGGCGGUGUCAAUGGGAAGCCCCCGGAGAGAACCACCCCGACCGGCGAGGUUGUCGCGACCGAGAGUCCGAGCGUCUAUCAGGCCAUGUACCGGAGCUUGUUCGAUCGCAAACAAGCCCCUAGUAUUGAACCGGCCAAGUCGAAUGGAAAGAAUACCAAGCGGGCGCGGAAUGUCUUCUACAUCGUUCUCCGACAUGGUCACUUGAUGCUUUAUGACGAUGUUAACCAGGUCGAAGUGCGCUAUGUCAUCUCUCUUGCUCAUCACGAUGUGUCCAUAUAUGGCGGCGAGGGCGAUAUCCCGGAGGGAGAGUUAUGGCUCAAGAGGAACGCCGUUUGUCUCUCCCGGCGGCUGGAUUCGCUGGGGGACCUGGGAGGGCCGACGCCGCCGUUCUAUCUGUUUUCGGAGAACUUGUCGGAGAAGGAGGAUUUCUAUUUUGCCAUGCUGCAGAACCAGACCCGGAUGUGGGACUCGGCCGAUCGCCCGCCCAAGUACCAGGAGUUUGAUGUCAAGCAUAUUGUCACCCUGGUUCGGCGUCUGCAUUCCUCUGAGGAGCAGCUGCAGACACGGUGGAUCAAUGCGAUUCUGGGCCGCUUGUUUCUGGCUCUGUACCAGACGCCCGAGUUGGAGGAGUUCGUUCGCGGUAAGAUCGCGAAGAAAAUCUCGCGGGUCAACAAGCCGAACUUCAUCAGCAAGAUUGGCCUGCACAAGAUUGAUAUGGGAGAAGGUGCUCCGUUCCUCACCAAUCCGCGACUCAAGGAUUUGACAGUUGACGGCAACUGCUGUGUCGAGACGGAUCUCCAGUACACUGGCAACUUUCGGGUCGAGAUAUCGGCUACCGUGCGUAUUGAUCUGGGCCCUCGUUUUAAGGCCAGGGAGGUCGACAUCGUGCUGGCGGUCGUGCUGAAGAAGCUCGAAGGCCACCUGUUGGUCCGCUCCAAGCCUCCGCCAAGCAAUCGGUUCUGGAUGUCCUUCGAAAACAUGCCGAAGAUGGAGAUGGACAUCCAACCCAUUGUCAGCUCCAAACAAAUUACCUACAGCCUCAUUCUCCGCACGAUCGAGAGCAAGAUUCGCGAAGUGGUAGCCGAGAGUAUUGUCCUGCCGUUUUGGGAUGAUACCCCAUUUUUAGACACCUUUGGCCAGUCCUUCCGCGGCGGCAUCUGGCAGCAGGGUAUACCCCAACCGGACGCGGAUGUAGAAAUUCCUGAUGAUUCCGGUGCCCCGAUGACCCCGAAGAGUGUGCGCCGGGACUCGGUCGAGGUGCUGAAAUCCAAAGAUGAUCGGACUAUGAGCAUGCCCGUUCUUUCUGAGCCGAAUCCAGCAAAUCUGAAGUCGCGCAAAGGACCAAAGUCGACUACUUCAGACUUGCAAUUUCCUCAUUCCACUGCGGCCUCCACUGGUAUCGAGAGAUCUGACAGCCUGCCAUUACCUCGGGCCAUUCGAUCCCAGACCUUCUCCCAUGCAGCCGAUCCUAUUGUUACGGCGGACAAUGCCAAAGUUGACAAAGUCAUGCCCGAGGGCAAAGGUGACGAGAAGAGCAAUGCCACCAGUGCAAUGAUUGAGAUAUCAAACCGUUCUCCGCCUGCAUCUCCGAACCGAACUCCGAGCAGCUCGCCGCCCACGGGUGGCAUCACGAUGCCAGAGAACGCGGUCCACAGCCGCUCGUCCUCGAUCGCCGAGUCUAUUGAUGGCGUUGGGUUUGUGAAUGACCAGGUCAUCCAGAGUCACUCUUCAGCUCGUCUCGACAACAGUUCUUUCUCCAGCCUGAGAUCUUCGCGGGGGAGUUCUACUACCUCCGUCGUCAGCGAAAAGCCCCGGCGGCGCAGUACCAUCGAAAACAUUACCCAAACGCUGACGCCGGCGGUGACUGACAACAAGUCCCCGAGCACUCUCACCAUUGGAACUGCCACAGCCGCCGCAAAGAAAUGGGGCUGGAAUGUUUUUGGUAAAGGAGGCCCGAAUGCGAGUCAGGAACCAUCACGGGCUCCCCCGGCACCCCCGACCAGCCCAUUGGACGGGGCCAUCCCCAUCUCCCACCGGGUGCCCCUCUGCCUCGCCCCGACAGACCAGGUGCAGCCAAUGCCUCGGAGAAAACCCAUUCCUCCUAUGGCGCGCACCGACAGUGGCACCGAUGAAUUGCUGGUGGUUGAAGCCCCCCAGGACUCCGGACCCGAUAGCCCGGUGGGACAAGUGGACUCGGAUCAAAUUCCAAUGGACCAAACUCCUGAGGAUAGCGAUGGCUCUGCGAAAGAUGCCACAAAAGAUGCCACAAGUCCCGGGUGGGAAGAUGAGAGCCCGGACAUUCAGCCGUUGCAGUCUGUAGACCAGACACCCUUCUCGACGCCAGGCAGCAGUGAGGUCCUUCCACCCAGUGCUAAAGUGGAAAUACCAUCGGCCUGA